AUGCUUUCUCCAAAUAUCUCGGCGGAUUUGACUGGCUGCUCUGGGUUUGGAAAUAAAUCUUGCCCUGAGAGAUUCAGGUCACCAGGAGUAUGUGCAGUAGUGUACCUGUUCAUAACAGCAGUCUUCCUCCUCACCAUCUUGGGGAACCUGGCCAUAAUCAUUUCUAUCUCAUAUUUCAAGCAGCUUCAUUCCCCGACCAACUUCCUCAUCCUCUCCAUGGCUGUCACGGAUUUCUUGCUGGGCUUUGCCAUCAUGCCCUACAGCAUGGUGAGGUCUGUGGAGAACUGCUGGUAUUUUGGGAUGACAUUCUGCAAAGUUCAUUACAGUUUCGACCUGAUGCUCUGCUUAGUUUCCAUUUUCCAUCUCUGUGCCAUCGCCAUGGAUCGGUUUUAUGCCAUCUGCCACCCUCUGCAUUAUGUCAGCACCAUGACCAUCACAGCCAUAAAACAAAUUGUGGGUGUGUGCUGGUCAGUGCCUGCUGCUUUUGCUUUUGGGGUGGUUUUCUCAGAAGCUUAUGCUUCUGGAGUCGAGGGCUAUGAAAUGCUGGUUAAAUGCUCAAGCUUGUGCCCUAUUGUGUUCAACAAGUUGUGGGGGGCUGUUUUAUUUACAGUUGGUUUGUUUGCUCCCGCUUGCAUUAUGGUAGGGAUUUAUGUUAAGAUUUUUGUAGUCUCCCAAAGGCACAAGUGUGAGUUGAAACAGGCACACAGGCACACAAAAACUGAAAAGCAAAAGGAGCUUUCUAAAAGUCAAGAUAGAAAAGCUGCCACAACUUUGAGUAUAGUUAUGCUGGGUUUCUUAAUAUGCUGGUCUCCUUGCUUUUUUGCAAUAUUAAUUGAUCCAUUUUUAAAUUUCUCUACUCCUUUAGCUUUAUUUGAUGCUCUAAACUGGUUUGGGUAUUUAAAUUCUUUCUGCAAUCCAUUAAUAUAUGGCUUUUUCUAUCCGUGGUUUCGGAAAACAUUUAAAUAUAUCUUAAAAGGCAAAAUAUUUAAUCCAAAUUUCUGUACAAUGGAACUUCUAUCUGAAGAUCAGCAACAGUAA